UGAGAAUACAGCGGCAGGUUUCAGGAGGGCACCGCCGUUAGGUAAUCGCCUCUCUUCUCUCUCAGCAGCAGCAGCAGCGGGGACCAAACGGAAGCGGAGCUGAGCCGAGGAAGAACAAAUCCUCCUCCUUUAAUUCAAUCCAACUCCUGAGCUGCCGAGAGGAGACGUGUGCACACCGCUGAGGCUGCACAGGCACACGGCCAGCCUGCAAACUUGACAGCGGAUCUAUAAACUGUAAUAACACUCUGCCUCCUCCUCAUCCUCACCUUCAUCAUGAGCUGUUCCACAGGUUUGGCUUAAUGAAUGAGGAGCAGCUUCAUCGCAGCAACAGAUGAGAAGAUGCACGGGACAGAGAACAGAGACGUUACAGAGCUGAGGCUGCACACCUGCGUCCUGUGAGUUUCUCUGUGGCUCCUCCUUCUAACCUCCCGUCAACCAGACAUUGAAAUACCUCCUCCGUGUCGUCACACAUCCUGAAGCCAGCAUGCCCAUCAUCAGCAAUGCAAACCACGACUUCAGCACCUACUCCAUCAGCAGCGAUGACAGCAGCCUCGACCGCUUCUUCACAGAGAUCCCAGAGACUGAGACCAUCAAGGGUGUUUACUUCCAGCGCGCCCAGCUGCUUCGUGACCCCAAGGCCUCAUUUGUGGUCGACCACACUUUACAGGUUCUCAUCAAUGUUGGGGGCAACCGCUACACAUUCCCUUGGAGUACCUUGGAGCAGUUUCCUCAGAGUCGUUUGGGACGUCUGCGUUUCUGUACCACCCCUGAGGAGAUCGCACGACUGUGUGACGACUAUGACGAGACGUGCCAGGAGUACUUCUUCGACCGGAACCCCACAGCCUUCAGGGUCAUCCUCAACUUCCUGGCUGCAGGGAAAUUGCGUCUGCUUCGGGAACUGUGUGCCGUGUCGCUGCACGAUGAGCUUGACUACUGGGGCGUGGACCCGGGACAUAUGGAGCGUUGUUGCCGCCGCCGCAUGAUCACCCGUGUGGAGGAGGUGGCUGAGCGAGAGCGCAAGGAAGAGGAGUGGAGGCAGAAGAGGGUGAUGAUGAAGAAAAGCCCAGUUGAGGCUGAAAGGGGCUAUCGCAAACUGACCUGGAUGCUGCGAGAAGUGGUGGAAAACCCUCAGUCGGGGUUGGCUGGCAAGUUGUUCGCCUGCCUCUCGGUUGUCAUGGUGCUGGUUACUGUCAUCAGCCUUUGCAUCAGCACCAUGCCAGACCUCAGAGAUGAAGACUCCAGGGGCGAGUGCUCCCAGAAGUGUCACAGCAUGUUCGUGGUGGAGUCCAUCUGUGUGGCGUGGUUCACUUUGGAGUUCGUGCUUCGAUUCUUCAACGCUCAGAGCAAGCUGGCCUUCGCUCGCGGCCCCCUGAACAUCAUCGACGCCAUCGCCAUCCUGCCAUACUACGUCUCCCUGGUCGUCGAUGUCAAAGACGAGUCGCAGGAGGACGUCAUCAUGGGUGCAGGCAGAGGCUAUCUGGACAAACUGAGUCUGAUCCUGCGCCUGCUGCGAGCUCUGCGGAUCCUGUACGUGAUGCGGCUGGCUCGCCACUCUCUGGGCCUGCAGACGUUAGGACUGACCAUGCAGCGCAGCAUGAGGGAGUUCGGCCUGCUGCUGCUGUUCGUCUGUGUGGCCGUGACCCUCUUCUCACCUCUGGUCCAUCUGGCAGAGAGCGAGCUGGCGCCUUUUGCCGCCACGCACCCCCACCACAGCUUCAGCAGCAUCCCGGCCUCCUACUGGUGGGCCAUCAUCUCCAUGACCACGGUGGGAUACGGCGACAUGGUGCCGCGAAGCAUCCCCGGACAGAUAGUGGCGCUCACAAGCAUCCUGAGCGGCAUCCUCAUCAUGGCGUUUCCCGCCACAUCCAUCUUCCACACCUUCUCCCGCUCGUAUCAGGAGCUGAAGCAGGAGUACGAGCGGCUGUGGAAGGAGGAGAGAGGCGAGGAAAAAGCCGCAGAGUCAGAAGAGAGCUGGCCCAAAGUCAAUUUGUCACCAGAUGAGUUCACGUCUGUGUCGAAGGAGGAUAAUGAUGGGAUGGUGUCAAGCAAGAGUCAUCAAUCUGCACUUCCAUCGACAGCUUUCUAAUGGACCAGGAAGAGAGCAGCUUUCCUCCAGUAAUUAUGUGUUAAAAAUGGUGACACUUGACAACCUACUCGAUCUGUCCUAUAUAAGCACAUUUAGACUGUUAUAUUACGGACACGUUAAAUUCCAGUCUGUUCACGCUUUAACACAUUCAUCUUCCAAACUAUAUCAAGCUACUUAUCAGGUUAUAUUGAGCUUCUUUUUAUAUCAGCAGAGACAUCACACACAUACUAAACCUUUACUCAACAUAGAAAUAAAAUCUGAAUUCUCCUCGCUUAUUACGUAAGAAAAAUAUAAACUAUAAUCUCACAGGAACUCUUGUGCACAUUUUCAAAAAGAGGAUAUUUACUGAAUGUGAUAUAUGAAGCUAAUAUGAUAUAUGGGCGUUCCCCAGCGUCGGCAGAAACUCAUCACGCUGUAUCUGAGUGUUGAUACAAGGCUUUUUAACCAAGUUCACAUUAGCUGUCAGUCAUUAGCAGUUUCACGUCUGUCACCUCACAACAUCCGACACUUCAGCACUGUCUCAGCCAGGAAACACGUGAAAUAGAUAUGAAGUCUUUACAACAGGUGACGACAUGAUGGUGGGCAUGAAAUGUGUUACACUUACAUGCAAGUCAAUAAGGAUGUUUUGUUGUUGUGGAAACAAGUGUUGGACAAUUUACUCUCAAAAUGUAAUUUGAAAGUAAUAAGUUACUUUACAAUAUUAAUCUUUGUGUAGAGUAAUAAGUUACUCAUUACACUACUUUUGUGUUACUUUGACCAAAAUGAGCUCAGAAGAACUAAUGUUGGUUUUAAAUGGAUGAGGGUCAUGUUGUUUCAUAGGUCUAUCCUGUUCACACAUUCGCACACAGUGGUGACCGCUUUGGAUUAAAAUCCCCUGAUUAUAUUAAUAACAGUCUGAUGAUACAGAACAAUUGAAUAAAUAGGUGAAUCGCCUUGGACUCAGGGAAGAGCAGGCAGAGGAUCAAAGUCUGAUCAUUAUGAGAUAUGGAUAAAUAUUUGUGGGCCUAUGAUGUGAAACAUAAUAAACAAAUAAUAAGGUUCGUACAACAAGCAGAACAGCAUGUGAGUCAGUCACUAUGACGAGCACAAAUUAAAACACUGCAGCUGGAAGACCCACCUGCUGGUUCCCGGUGUGCCGGUCAGCUCCAGCAGCACCACACACAGUCCUGUAUCAAGAACAGGACUGUGUGUCGGUGUUGUUCUGCAGCUGUAGGAGAUGAGAAUGGAAACAGAUCCAGCAUAUACUAACAUCACCCAGAUGUGCCGAUCACCAGGAUGACGAAAAAAACAAACCAGAGCCCAGCUCCAGAUCCCCGCUGCUUUCAGGCAGCCUCAGGACACAAAGCAGAACAGGAUACGGUGUAGAUGUUGCAGGUGUGUUCAUGGAAACACAGUGAACAUGAUAGCACACAGUAUGGCAUCACCCAGAUGUGCCGAUAACCGGCACUCUUCUUUAAUGUCGUCUGUAAUGACUUGACAACACACAACAACUUUCGCAUGAUACGUUUUCUGGUGGCGUACUGGCAGAAGUGGAGUGUAGUGGAUCAGUGUGGAUGAAUGAAAAAUGAAAACAAUAAACAGUAUAUUUCAGGUGGUAACACGUUACGUGACGUUGUAAAUGAAAUAGAAUUACCCGAAAUCCUGUUGGUAACACGUAACAUUACUUUGUUACUGCUAAAACUUAAUAUAAUAUUGCGACACGUUGCUUUUUGUGUUACUUUGUAACGCGUUACAAAACAACACUGUCGGAAAGAUGAUGAAAGUAUAAAGAGUCAACAAACAUUGACUUUCACAACUUUUUGUGGGUUACCCGUCAGGUGCCCGACCUGGUGCAGGUAAUUUUAACACAUUUCGAGUGCACCACCACGUAAUACGUCAUCAAGAAGUUGUUUCCAUUUCACAUAUUUCUGUUACACUGUGUUGGACAUUUGGAGUAUUGUGCUGUUACAUAUCUGUUCCAUUCAGAGAGAGAAAGCUUGUUAGCCUAGCUUGCUAAUGUUAGCUCUGACACGUUAGAUUUUGUUGAUGUUAUUUUAAAGGUAAAACAAAGGGUUCUAGCCAGCGUUAGCCAUCUCUGACUCAUCUCCCAUGGGUCCUGUUGUGGUGAUCAGACCACAAAUAACCAGACUGUAAAAAACUCACAGCAACAAGAAUGUCUGUAACCUCAGCACUUCGUACGUUACUGCCUGAUUCAAAUCACGACACGGAGUGACGGAAGGAGUGCUCAAAUCACAGACUGGGCUAAUCAACAGGUAACAACAUUAGGGGGCUCCCAGCUGCUGAACUUCACUGCUAGGCUGAAAUAAUAAACUACUUUUAGUGCUUACAACACAGAUAUACACCAUCGUAGGAAUCACACUGAACACUGAUAUAAAGGCUGGCAUCUCUUCAGAUGAAUAAAAUUCUGACACAAGUCAAACUAACUUAUCAAACUUUUUUACAUUUUGAUGUCAUUCAGGGAUUAAAUGAGGAAUGUGGGAAACCAUGAAGGUAGAUAAACACACACACACACACACAAAAAGAAAAAUGAAUCAGAAAGGCAACAAAACAGAGAAACUAUUAAUGUAAGCACAGACAAAAAUAUUCACUCUAUCCCAGUCGUAACUUCAUUGUAACUUCACACGUUUCAUGAAUGCGAUGAUUUCAUGUCAGUUUUGGAUGUUGGAAGUGUCCUUGAAUGCAUCGUAAAGCUGCGUUACCCAAGGACAGUGAUUUCAACACAAACACAAAGUCUUCACUGUGAUGGUUACACAGCGCAAAGUGUCAUGUUUCUGUGAGCUGAUAUUUCAGGGGAAAUCAAUUUGCUGCCUGGAAGCAAAGAAAGUCAUUAAAGAACGAAGAGAAUUUGAUUUGUUUUAUUUCUUAUUUAACCUUUAUUUAACCAGGAAGUCCCACUGAGACUGAAUGACUUUGACAAGAGGGACCUGGCCCAACACAUCUGAAAUGCAACAAAUACAACAUAUAAUACAAACAUCCACAAUAAUACAAAAACUAUUCAAACAUAGCUUCUCUAGAAAAACAAGCACAUGUCUUUAUCACCACGUUCUUGAUGAUGCCCUGAAAUUAAUCAAUGGAUUUUAGUGUUUCUAAUUUUAGAAAAUGAUCAUGAAAACGAUGGUGGCCGUGUUUCAGAUGUGUUUAAUGUGCAGAUUAAUUUCAUCAUCCUGUACUUCCUCCUCUCGCUGUUUGUCCAACUUAAAGGCACUUUUGAAUUAUAAUAAAAUCUCUUUUUUAAAAACAUCUGUACAGGAUGGUUGGUUUGUUCACUCUGCAUGAACCUCAUGGCUCCAACCAUAAAGCACAAGUUUUAUUGUGUAUUUAGAACUGAUCAGACCUCUGAGGUCGAUUUACCGCCAGGACACCGCUCUUGCUCCUCACGACCAGCUUGUUCGGACCAGGCGACUUCACUGGACUCCCCUCAGGUGCAGCUCUGUGGGUCCAGUCUGCCAGCUCGCUCUUCUUUGUGGUUGUUCAGAGUAAAGAUGUAUUUACAUGGAUAGUUCAUGGCGGUGUAUCAAACACUUUCUUGGUCUGUUUUUGCCUCCAGCAUCUUCCUCCUGGCACGUCUGUCCAGCUCAAAGGCCUCCUCAGCUCCCUCCCCAAG